CCAUACAAACCGGCAGCCGGCAGCUCACACACGUGCUUCGUAUCCUUGAGUGUGUUUGAAUUGUGCCGGCGAGGGCUGUGUAGCAGAAAAUGUCGUGGUUAUUCGGCAUACGGAGAGACCAAGGUGGUGGAGGUGACAUUCCGGACUUUAGUAAACUCGCACAACUUCCUCCGGGUGCCGGAGCCGCUUCUGGAGGUGGAGGCGAUGAUAAAAAGUCAUCUAAGAUGGAAGGGUACCACUUCGACUCCACGGCGUUGGAGAGAGCUGCGAAGGCAGCCAAGGAACUCGAGUCUUCUCGUCAUGCAAGGGAGGCCUUCGAGUUAUCCAAGAUGCAGGAGCAUACCCUACAGCUAGAACACCAAACGAAAAUAAAAGAAUUUGAAGCACACAUCGAGCAGUCGAAGCUAGAUGCGUACAGGGUGCAGCAGGAUGAGAAGAGAAAGACUCUUGCCGAAGAAACGAAGCAACACCAACAGAGGUCUCAGUACCAGGACCAGCUGUCCAGGCGGAGAUAUGAUGACCAGUUAUUACAACAGCAAAGAGCAAAUGAGGAAAACCUGAAACGGCAAGAGGAAUCUGUAGCGAAACAGGAAGCUCUUCGAAGAGCUACAAUUGAGCAUGAAAUGGAAAUGAGACAUCAAAAUGACAUGAAGAAACUGGAGGCUGAACUGAGAGCAAAGGCCAAGGUGGACCGAGAGAAUCAAGACUUAUACAUUGAACAGAUCAAAGUGAAAGCUGCUGAAAACCGGGCUACCGUACUGGAAUCCAUCAAGACAGCAGGCGCAGUUUUGGGUGAGGGCUUUCGGGCCUUCGUCUCGGACUGGGACAAAGUCUCUGCCACCGCUGCCGGCGUGACGCUGUUAGCACUGGGUAUCUACUCGGCCAAGAUGGGUACGGGCAUUGCAGCACGCUACAUCGAAGUGAGGUUGGGCAAACCCUCGCUCGUUCGCGAAACGUCCCGGCUAACGUUGUUUGAAGCCCUCAAGCAUCCUAUCGCGACUACUCGUCAACUGAUGAGCAAGCCCGCGGAUGCCCUCAAGGGCGUCGUUCUGCAGCCGUCACUGGAAGAACGGUUAAGGGACAUCGCCAUAGCAACGAGGAACACAAAGAAGAACAAAGGCAUGUACAGAAAUAUCCUUAUGUAUGGACCACCGGGUACAGGGAAAACACUUUUCGCAAAGAAACUAGCCCAGCACUCUGGAAUGGAGUAUGCUCUCAUGAGUGGGGGUGAUGUGGCACCCAUGGGUCGAGAAGGUGUCUCCGCGGUGCACAAGGUCUUCGACUGGUCCAACACCAGCAGGAGGGGCGUGCUACUGUUUGUUGACGAAGCAGAUGCCUUCCUAAGAAAAAGGAGUUCUGAGGUCAUAAGUGAAGACCUGAGAGCGACGCUGAAUGCAUUCCUGUACAGAACUGGCGAACAGUCGAGCAAGUUCAUGUUGGUCCUGGCCAGCAACACUCCGGAACAGUUUGAUUGGGCGGUGAGCGACAGGGUGGAUGAAAUGGUGGAAUUCCAGUUGCCGGGCCUCGAAGAGAGGGAGCGGCUCGUCCGACUUUAUUUCGACAAGUUCGUUCUUCAACCGGCUGCGGAGGGAAAGAGGAGGCUGAAGGUUGCACAGUUCGACUACGGAAAGCUCUGUUCAGAAAUUGCAAAGGUGACGGACGGUCUCUCGGGCAGGGAGAUUGCCAAGCUCGGUGUCACGUGGCAGGCGGCAGCCUAUGCCUCCGAUGAUGGCAUCCUCACCGAAGCCAUGGUGAUGGAUCGCGUACAGGAUGCCGUGAAACAGAAUCGACAGAAGCAGGAAUGGCAGACGGAAGAGGAGCACAGGAAGCGUACCCCAGGCGGCUUCAGUUCGAAGACCUCUCCAAAAAGUCUACCUUCGUCUUCCAGUAGCGGUUCCAGAGAUGUUGUGGACCAGAGCGUAGUUCCAUCCUAGUUAUCACUGUGUAUCUUGUAAAUAUACAUGUCAUUGUUAUUAUAGAACCAAGGUCGUGACCUUACGAGCUGCAGCAUGCUGUGUCUUGCCGGCAGUGUCUGAUGGUCGUUUGUAGGAUGUUGACAUUCUAUUAGGAGGUAAAAAAAAAAAGGAAC